GAAGUUGAGAUGCUCGUGAUGAGACUUGGUUUGUGGCGUGAUAGGUUAUCAUUGAUGAGAUUUGGUCCGCAGCAUGAUACGCGUUCGUGGCAAGAAAGGGUAUCAGAGACAUGGAAAGAACUUUGGAGAAACGAAGAGCGGGAUUUUUCCCCUUACCUGGAAAUUCUCAUGUCCCUUGUGUUUGAUGCUGCUCAACUUGACCCAAAUGUUACUCGGUUGGUUACAAUAUAG